ACAGUGGUGACAGUUGACGACAGACUUUCGCGGAGAUAGUGUUUUGUUAUUGUUAGCUCUUGGAUUGCGCAAGAUAAUAAUUUUAUUUAUUUUGCAUUUCAAGCAGCGUAAAAAAUUGACAUUUAUUUAUAUAUGCGCUGUCCAAAGUAUAUAACGAAUUUUAAAUCGAAACAAUAGUUUUCGUAGUGAAUUAAAAAUCGACAUACCAAAGAGGGUUACCGUCAAAUUAUUUCGGUUGUCGAAAGUGAUACAAACAUAUAAAUAAAAUGUCGAAUGACACUGGGAACGAUGUGGAUAGUCAACUUGAUGAAGAAGAUAGACCGUUUCUGAGGGAUCGUGUUUACUAUGCAGCUAAGGAUGGGCUAUCAAUUGCCAUGUUUGCUCUGCUUAAUAAUGUGAAAGAUGACGAAACCAAAAAUGCCAUAAUCAAUCAGCCAUUCGCUGAAGACGACGGCCAAAUAUAUAGUCCACUAUCAAUAGCUGCUCGUAAUGGCCGAUACAGAGUUGUAAAAAUGUUGUUGAGUAAUUUUAAGCCAGUGAUUGACCAAGAUUGUACGGCGAAACUUGACGGUCAUAUAGUGCAAGGUGCAACAGCUUUAUGGUGUGCCGCUGGUGCUGGUCAUUUAAAUGUAAUUAAACUUUUGGUUCAACAUGGAGCAGAUGUAAAUCAUAAAACUAAAACCCUAUCUACCCCAUUGCGAGCGGCUUGCUUUGAGGGUCGCUUGGAUAUUGUGAAAUACCUCGUUGCUCAUCACGCAGAAAUUAAUUUCGGAAACACUUAUAACAAUACUUGUCUCAUGAUAUCAUCUUAUAAGGGACAUACUGAUGUGGUGGAAUUUUUGUUGGCUAAUGGUGCCGAUCCAGAUGUGCAAGCGAACUGUAAUGCAACGGCAUUACAUUAUGCAGCCGAAAGUGGUCAUGUAGACAUAUGUGCAAUUCUGUUAGACUACGGUGCGACGUUAAAGAAAAAUGAGUAUGGAAUGUCCGCAGUUAUUUCAGCCGCUGAACGAACGCGAGAAUUAGUGGUCGAGUUGUUCUAUUCGAGACCAACGCUAUUAACCAAAGAAGAGAAAAUAGAUGCGCUAGAAUUGAUGGGUGCAUCAUUUGCAAAUGACAAAGACAACUACAGUUUGAACAAAGCAUAUCAUUAUUUGAUGCUAGCCAUGGAACUAAGAUAUGAGGAUCAAUCAAAUCCAGUCAAAAAGAAAAUGUUACCACCGGUACCUGCAUACGAAAAUUGGAUCGAAAGUCAAACAAUUCAGGAUCUGCAAGCAAUACAAAUGAACAACAAUUCAAUACAUAUGGAAUCGUUGACGAUACGAGAGCGUAUAUUAACUCGAAAGUGUCCAGAUGUUGCACAUCCUGUUGUGUUUCGAGGAGCCGUCUGUGCUGAUAACAAUCGAUUUGACAGAUGUGAGAGUCUCUGGUUACACGCCCUCGAACUGCGUCAAAAUAACGGGUUGUCGGUUCAAAGAGAUCUGUUGCGGUUCGCUCAGGUAUUUUCACAGAUGAUUCACGUUGGUGUUACGCUUCGGUUACAUAAUGUUUUAGCCGUGCUGCUUUCAUGUAUACGUGAGCUUGAAGUGAAUAAAGAGAAAUUCAAAAAUCCUGGUCCCAAAGAUGACCUGGAACAGGUGAUGGAAGAGUACGAAUUGAACAUAAUAACCGCCUUGUAUCUCUGCACAAUUAUCACAAAACUGCUGAAGAGAGAAUCGCCAAAGACCCAGAAAAGUGAUAAAAAUUCGUCCUACAAAUUGGUUUACACAUUGAACAAAAUGAACUUAAAGUUACGCGAUGGACAGACGUUGUUGCAUUUGGCUGUGAAUGGAGUAACACCAGUAGAUGACUUCCAUACGAGUGAUGUGUGUCGUUUUCCUUGCGUCGAUACGGUUAAGCUAUUGCUAAACUGUGGUGCGUCUGUGCUUAAAAUGGACUCGAACCGAAAUUCUCCUUUGCACACAUUGACUGGAACACUUCACACUAGCCGGACACCCGAUUCUCAAAUGCUCGAAGUCGUAGAGGAAAUAACGGAUCUGUUCGUCAAAUCCGGCAUCCAUUUAGAUGCAGUCAAUGUGCACGGACUCACCGCUUCCCAGUUAGCCACAUCACUUCGCUCUCAUACAGCUACUAUCAUAGCGGUGAUACGACGGUGUGAGUCUAACGAAACAUGCCUACGAUGUUUGGCCUCGCGAUGCAUAGCUCAACAUCAAAUCCCGUAUGAAGGGGUCGUUCCUAAGCAUUUGGAGGAUUUCAUUCAGAUGCAUUGUGGUGAAAAGCUGUAAAGAUUUGUUUUGUAAUUUUAAUGCUAGAAAAUCGCAACCAAUCGCUUCCAACGAACAUUUUUUUGUUUUAUUGACUGGCGAAUUAUUUAUUUUUCGAAUUUUUUUUUAUGAUAAAACGUAACGUACCCGAUCCGCACAGAGAUUGUAAAGUUUUAGUUUCAUAAAAAUUCUCUUUUUGUUUUCUUUAACACAAAUGAAAAAGGACUGAACUUAAAAAACCUUUUCGAAUGUUUUCGCGUUUAUUGUGGUGCUAAUUUUAAUUGAUGAAAAACUGAAUAGAAUAAGCUAAACAUAAUGUUCUUUACACAAAGACGACGACUAAAUGUUUGUAUAUUUUUUUAUAAAACGCAAAAAGAAUUAAACUGGAUAAUGAAGAAA